CAUGUUUUUUCCAACAUGUCAUUUUAAUUCUUCCACCUCAGCUUUAUCCGAUCGAGCGGAACCCGCUGCGAACUCAAUUUUAAAACCGCAGAGAAAUAAUGGGGGUCGUCUCUUUCUUUCAUCCAUGUCUUGAUUGUGCAUGUGUUGUUCUUCCAGUGUUUAUGUGAAUGGGUUUAGCUUCUUGCUGCAAAUUGGAACUGCCUCGCCCUCUGCUCUUUCCUUCUUAUGGCCAUCAUGGCGUCGUCAAGCACCAGCCUCCGUCCACCUCCUGCUUUUUGAUGAUUUCUUCUGCUAGAUUUCUGCUUCCUCCGACUCCCACGACAACUCCCCUCUGCGAUUCUCGUUCAAGGAAGUCCGUCUUCCCGCUGCUUCUCAGGCAACCGCUGCCUUUUGCUGCCUCCGUAGGAACGGACAAAAACGAAACCACCGGGCAAGAAGAAGAGGAAGGUGAAGAAAGCUCGACUUCAUCCGUAACUGCCUCCCUAGGAACGGACAAGAAAGAAACCACUGGGCAAGAAGAAGAAGAAGGUGAAGAAAGCUCGACUUCGUCUGUAACUGCAGUAAACACUACCAACGUAAUUGAUGGCGAAAGCUUGGGAGGUACGGCAUCUGCGGUUAAGGAAACAAUUCGCCCGGAAGGCUUUGUAAUCUUCAUCGCUUGUGGCAUCGGCCUUUUGACUGGAAUAGCCGUCGUGCUAUUCAACUAUACGGUCGAUGAAAUACGUAAUCUUUUUUGGGAUGGUAUUCCUUCUCGAGGUGCCUCCUGGUUGAGACAUGAGCCUAUUCAAGACACCUGGCCACGGACAGUAUUGGUGCCUGCUUUUGGUGGCCUUAUUGUUGGUAUUUUAAAUGAACUAAGAGGAAGACUUCAGAUUCCCUCUACUAUGAACCUGUCUUCCAACAUGAAGGGAUUCCUACGGUCAUUCAUGAAAACAAUUGCUGCUGCUGUUACCCUAGGAACUGGAAAUUCCUUGGGCCCUGAAGGGCCUAGUGUUGAGAUAGGGACAUCAAUAGCUAGAGGAAUUGGUGUUUUGUUUAAGAGGAGCAGAAGAAGGAAUCUAUCAUUAGUGGCAUCAGGAUCAGCUGCUGGAAUUUCUUCAGGAUUCAAUGCAGCUGUUUCUGGUUGUUUUUUUGCUGUUGAAUCUGUCUUAUGGCCAUCGCCGGAGGAUUCUGUCUCAUCAGUCACAAAUGCAACAUCUAUGGUGAUUCUAAGUGCAGUAAUUGCAUCUGUAAUUUCUGAAGUUGGUCUAGGUUCAGCACCAGCUUUUGCAGUUCCUGAUUAUGACUUCAGAUCUCCAAGUGAACUUCCAUUGUAUCUUUUUUUGGGUCUCAUAUGUGGAGUGGUCUCUGCUACCUUAACAAAGUGCACAUCAUAUGCGUGCUCUGCUGUUGGAACAUUACGAAAGAAUACAAGCAUACCAGCUGCUGCCUUUCCUAUCAUGGGUGGUCUAUCAGUUGGAAUUGUUGCCCUUAUAUAUCCUGAAGUUCUUUAUUGGGGCUUUGAGAAUGUUGAUAUUUUACUUGAAUCAAGGCCAUUUGUAAACGGUCUUCCUGCAGACCUAUUGCUUCAGCUUGUUGUGGCAAAAAUAGCAACAACUUCCUUGAGCCGUGCUUCAGGAUUGGUUGGGGGCUACUAUGCACCAUCACUAUUCAUUGGUGCAGCAACAGGAACGGCAUAUGGAAAAAUUGUUAGCUAUAUAAUUUCUCACUCUCAUCCUAUAUUCCAUCUCUCUGCUUUGGAAGUGGCAUCUUCGCAAGCAUAUGGAUUGGUUGGUAUGGCCGCUACACUUUCUGGCGUUUGUCAGGUUCCCUUAACAUCUGUCUUGCUUCUCUUUGAGCUGACACAAGACUAUCGCAUUCUGCUUCCUUUAUUGGGCGCUGUUGGAUUGUCUUCAUGGGUAUCUUCUAGCUUGACUGAAAGGAAGGAUGUGCAAGUUAAUGCAAGGCCAAAUAAAUCAUAUGAAAAACCAGCGUCAGAUCUGCAGUCAGUUAUUUACACGAAUGAUGCGUCCUCUAAUUCAGCUGUGAGUUCCGCCAGCAAAAUUGUGUUCUCAAAGGAUCUAUUUGAACUUGAGAGUUCUCUAUGUGUAGAUAAUCUCCAUACUGAAGUUGGAGAGGUGGAAAAAGUGGUACUGGUUGCACAAGCCAUGAAGACAAGAUAUGUACAUGUCUUCCUUGAUACUCCAUUAAAUGAGGCUGUAUCUCUCAUGCUAAUGGGAAAAGAAUCUUGUGCUUUGAUUGUUGACAGCACUAACAUGUUGAUAGGGAUAGUCACUCUUGGGGACAUUCAACUUUUCUGCAGUACGUCAAGGAUGGAAAAGCCUCUAAUAUCUGAUGUUUGGCAAUCAUGUGGGGGUCAUUAUCCAACAGUGUGGACUGCAGAUCCUGAUAUGAACCUCUCUUCUGCACAAAGGAUCAUGAAUAGACGUGGAGUGAAGCAGCUUCCAGUUGUUUCAAAGCAUCCAACUGAUGAUCAGGGAUGCUUAAUCGGUCUUAUUGACAGAGAGUGCAUUGAUCUUGUCAGCAGGGUGAUAGCAACAAAAGAACUUCUUACUCUUCGUCCUACACACGAAUCAGAGUCCUGAUGUUGGAGUCCAGGGUUUCAAGUUAUCUUGUGAAAAUGAUGAAAUGAUUAUGGGAUGCAACAGUCAGAGUGUGGCGACAUGAAUCUGUGAGGCAUUACAUAACUGAUGUCAUCAUACUGACUGGAGUCCAUCAGAAUCUGAUCAGCUGAGUGUGUUUGCCGAUCAAUAUUCUGGAAUCAGCACUAGCAUUGGUGGGUCACUGUUUGAGAGCUGGAGCCCUCAUUUGUUGAAAUUUCACAUUUUUCCUUCGACACUUCCAACUGAUCAUAAUCCGGAGACUACAGGGUUAAAAAGAAAUAACAGGAUGGCCUUGGCCCAUUUGGGUACUGAUUCUCACGUUACCUAAAAUAAACAGGUGGUUCUCUCAUAUUUAUCUCUAGAAAACAUGUCUUGAUGAAAUUCUUUGUAAAUCCCAACAGUCCCGAUCUGUUAUAUUUCAUUGUUCUGACAAUCCCUUUGGGGACUCAAUUUUUUAGGUAGAUAUAAUUGCAUAUAAACUGUGAUUGGGUUUCGUUGUAGUCAUGUUUAUUGAACCAAUAAAUGAGAAUUGCGUAGGUUUUUUGUAUGACAGUCUAUUGGAAAUAAAGUUACCAUGAUAUUCU